AUGGCGACAUCUACGCAUGGCAUUGAUUACCACGCCUCUUUCCUUGAUUCUCUACCCACCCUCAACGCUGCUUCAUCAUCACCAUCUUCAUCGACCGCGGAGCAGGUGCCAGAGCAGCCCAGUAUACCGACCCGAAAGAAAAUUCGGGCCCUCACCGCAUCGCAAUUCGCGUCUCUUCAUCUCAAGCACAUACUCGCGCACCCACCCGAUACGGUGCUUUUCCCGUUUUUGCAUGGUUUGGAGGGGGACAAUGAGGCGCAGAACCUGUUCUUCGGUGUCGAUGAGACGUCGGAAACACCAGUACCGCGCUAUAGAGGGCUCGUAUGGGUGGUUUGCGAAGAAGAUCUGACCCCGGAUCAAAGACGCAAGCUGUUCAAACGAAGAAACUUAGAUCCCCAAUCCCCCGCCGCAUCGGAGCCUGCAUCUUCUUCGAAGCAGGCAAAGAAGAGGCGAGAGGGAGGUGACGUGAUCAUGGGGACAGAAGACUCGUCCGAGAGCGAAGACUUGGAUGACGACGACUUCAUUGGAUCAGACGACCUCGACUACGAAGACGACGAAGACGACGAGUCCCUGUACUCCGACGACCUCGACGAAGGGUUCGCUGACGAGGACGUUGUUCCCUACGAGGAAGCGGGUGCAUACUUGCGUGGGGACGGGAAAGAGGUCGUGCGGGAAGUGCAGAUUGACGACAAGCUCGUUUCUGAGGCCGACCCUGACGAAGACUCGGACGCUUCGUCCCCGUCAAGCGAGGGUAUGCAAGUCACUCCUCUGAUGCCCUGCGCUCCUCCGCUACCUCCCGUGUCGAAUUCCACCAUCCAAUCACCUGUUCUGGGCGCCCUUUCGGGGAACGGCGACGAUGGUAUGGACAUUGAUGUAGAAAUGGACAUCGACUCAGGGGUGGUCGCUGUUGGUGUUGGACUUCAGGGCAUGAAGAAGCCCACGGAGGCGAACAGGGAAGAGGGAACACACAUGCACCCUGUUGCGCAACGGCAAGGCCGACACACUCAGUCACUCUUCGAAGACGCGAUACCGACACCUUUGAGCAUUCCUGUAACAUCUCCGCCAUCUUCUCAGUCUUCGCAACAGUCCUUGGCCUCACACGCCAUCUCUUCCACGCCACCUCCAUCACAUCACGCGCUCACUUCCCAACCCUCCCAGUCAUCGUUGCCUACCUCAGUAUCUAUCCCUCAGACGCCAUCACGUUCUCGUCCAAAGCGCUCAAGGACACCACCGCUAUUGACAUCAAGCUUCAGACCCAGUGAGCUGCUGAAAAGGGUCGCAGACAGCUGGGAGAGCGUGACGAAUGGCAGUAGGGGCGCUGAUAAGUGGGAUUUUAUUCCCCUCAAGGUGCCAGACGGGAUCUCGCUGCGAAACUUUGGCAUCCAAGUGCCCGUAUACGCUACGCUAUCCGACAUCGUCGUCUACUCACCAAAGGGAGCAUCGCCGGCUGCGCUCGCCCUUGCAAAACGAUUCUCCGAGGCCAUAGAGAGGAAGAGGACUUGGAGGCGUGAACGUGCCGAAGAAGUGCGCAGGAAGUCGGGCGAGAUUCCGAGGGACGGAGAAGAUGACGAGGGCCGGUUUCUGGAGUAUAAUGUCUUUGUUUUAGAUGCGGACGCGGACGCCUUGAGGAAGGAAUUACCGCACUUAGUCGUGAGGGUGUGCGCUCCUGGGGGCAUCUUGAGUCCAGAGAAAGCAAAGACGCACGAUGACUCCGCGUCGAGAAGCAGCGGUACGACCAGCGUGUUGGAUGAUAGACAUCAUGACGCUGGCGCACACACCAUUGGCAGCGACGGGAGGGUUGAUGCCAUGGAUGUCUUCGACUGCGAAGUGGAAGACGCCGCAUCCAAGCCCAGCGCCCACACUCUCGACCCCGACACGAACGGAACAGGGGUCUUGAUCGACGGACUCUUGUCCAACACGGUCGAUUUUGCGUUGCGGGAGAAGGAGGAGAUGCGCGAUUUGACUCGAGCCUCAGAGAUUAUAACGGUCUACCCAUCUUCCGAUGCCCCUGGCAUCAGUGUUCACACAUCGAGGAAACCGCUGACCGUGCAUCAUGCCGGCGGUACCGGAGCUAUCAAGGAUGACGGACCUAUACCUUGGUCGCCGGAGUUGGGGCAGGUUUUCUUAGGCAACGCCGACGAUGUGCCGUUGAUGCGCAACCCUGAUGGCCCGAUGAUGCAUUUCCACAGUGGAGGUCCGGGGAGGAAGGGGUUGGCUGGCGAUGGGCUGGAUCUGUUCGGUGGUAGUUCGCCAGAAUCGGACGUCGACAUGCAUGGCGAGACUUCACCGUAUGGCGUCGGCGCAGAUGAUCCUGAGGCGGAGGGAGUAGAAGAAGACCUACCUGAAGACGAUCCUUUUAACUACCUCCCCACCAACGAUCCCGGUAGAAGCAUGGGUUACGAUAUCUGCUUCGAGUGCCACGAUCGCGCGCCUUACCCUAGUCCCGCACAUUUGCGAGCAGCGGAGGAGCAUUUGGGGAUGCUGGAGGUUAUGUGGGCUAGGCGGUGUAUGGAGAAGGAAAAUACGCGCAUCCAGCGGUCGAGAUCCCACCCCAAUUGGAAGUCAAGACGGAGUGAGGCGGGAAAGGCGAUCCCACCACGUCCGCCGCCCAACGCAAACGCUGUUAUACAUUUACCUUUCCCUAGCUCCCCGCCAUUCAACAGCUCUCGGAUGUCCUCGCUGAUGUCGGUGUUAGACUUCAUAGAGAAAUGGCUGCAGCCCCCUACUACACCCGUGGUUUUAGCCGCACCUACCCAUACGGCCGAUAGUGCGAGCGCUGAUGGCUUAGAUUCAGCAGGGGCCAAGAGUCAUGGAAGGCGAUGGUCGACUGUCUCUUCUAUAUUCCCGAGCUUCGGGCCUGCUGGGUCCUCAUUCUUCCCUUCAGCGUCUCCGUCUACCUCGGAACCUACCACCCAAGCAGCCGCGACCCCGGUCCCAGCGGCCAGAAAUAGAUCCUUCACCUCUCCCCCAACUCCCCAUAUCCCGAGCGACCAUAGACACGAGCAGCACGGAACGAGUUCCAACGCACAGUACACACGCACCUCAGGACAAGCAUGCUCCCCGUCACCGUCGACCGCUAUUUCCGCGCAUACCCUUUCCUUCUCCACCCCGCCCAAUUCUCCGCUUACGCGACCUUUGAAAAUCCUCAUCUACUCCAAUGACGGAUAUACGGAGUCGUCGGGCGCCGCUCUUUCCCUCUUGAUGAAGCUCAAAGGGCUCAAGCUGCCUGAAGCGUACCUAGAUCUGCAGGUUACGAAAAGGCGGAGCUUCUUCGUCUACGGCGACGAUCUCGGCAUACUGCGGAAGGUUGAACAGAGGAUUACGGAGGAACACGAGAGGGAGAGGCGGCGGAGGGACGAGGAGCGAGAGCGGGAAAGACAGCAGGAAAGGCAGAGAGAAGAAAGAGAAAAGAGGGAUAAGGGCCCGGCCCAUGUGAAACAGGCUGACGACAAGCAUGCUGCGCCGAAUGGUAACGCCGUGGUGGGAAGAGCAGAUGUGAAAGAGGCGCCAGUAGGAAACGAUAGUCGACGGAUGAUGGGGGCUGCGGCUGCUGGAAGACGCCCUGCUGCUAAGUCCGUCUCCUUCGCUCAGGCCCCAGUCCUAUUACCUCCGCCGCACAGCUUGGUCGUUCCUCCAACACUGUCCUCCAUCUCUGCGUCGGGGACCACGACGUCGACAUCGUCUUCAACACCGACGUCUCAUAAUGAGGAUGCUGACCAUUCGGUGCCUUCCUCGGUUACGUCGACGAUGAUAACGCCUAUCAAUAUAGCCACGCCAGGACCUUCCACGGCGUCGAUUGCCGGUCCGACUGCUACCUCCGCCCCUACCUCAACAGUCCCUUCCAGUGGUCAACAUACACCCGGGAACGGACACGGACACGUCACCUUCGGUCACAGUCAAGUUAUCAAAGGUCGCCCUCGAGCAAAUACGAGCCCGUGGCUACCUAGCUUGUUUGGGGAUCACCAAAGCUGGUUCAACGACCCACGGUUCGAUGGUAGCUUCCCGAGUCGCGUGUUACCGUUCUUAUACUUAGGGAACUUGAAUCAUGCCUCAAAUGCAUACAUGUUACAUGCGCUGGGCAUAACCCACGUCGUCUCUGUCGGAGAAUGCGCUCUGAUACCACCUCCGCAUCUCAACAACUACCAGAACAAUGCCCAUUGUACUCAGACAUCGCUCCCCAACUCCAGCCAUUUUGUCCCAGGAAAAGGACAUGGCGGACAGGGAUCAUUAUGGACGGAAGAGAGGGAAGGGAGGAUCAAGGUCCUGGAUAUCAAGGGUAUCUGCGACGACGGCAUCGAUACGCUUGAACCGCAGCUGGAACCCAUCUGUGAGUGGAUAGAUAGAGCAAGAGCAGAAGGGGGCCGGGUUCUCGUCCAUUGUAGAGUCGGUGUUUCGAGAAGCGCGACGGUGGUCAUCGCUUAUGUGAUGAAGCACCUCCAUCUCCCCUUGGUAGACGCGUACCUCAUCGUACGGUCGAGGAGGUUGAGCGUUCUCAUUCAGCCGAACAUGCGACUCCUCUAUAACCUUUGCGGAUGGGAGAUCAAACUCGCGAAGGAGAGGGCCGGCGAAGAUGAGAAGAAGCUCAUUGCAGAGCUAUCGAGAGCAGUCAGCUGGCCGUGGCUAGCGAAGGAAGUCCACAAGUUGAACGAGAAAUAUAUCACCGCUUGA